CAAGAAAUGAACAUUGUUGAGGUAACAGUUUUACAUUUUCUCUUGGAUCUAGCUUUUAUAUAUUUAUUCUCGUGUAUUUGAUAUUCUACAUAUUGUAAAAUUCAUUACAGCCCUGUAUAAUGUUGAAUUAUUGCCUUGUCAAGCUUACCAGAAAUCUGAGAAAAUACAAUGAAUCAUCUCUUUCACUUAAAUCAGUGAUACUUCCUACAAGAAAUGGAGCAGAAAAGUUUUCCCACUGGACAAAAAGGCAGCAGCUAUUCAAAGAAAGACUGUUUCUCAAAUACGAUAACACAAAGUGCAAUUCACAUAGAUUGCAUAUAAGAAAUGUCAGUUCUGUCUUGAGGCAUCUAAAAAUACAGAGUGCUGUACCAGAUGAGAUAAUAGAAAAUGCUUUGAAGGAGGAAAAUAAAGAAAGGACAAUUAAACAUCUACAGAAAAUGAAACCAAAUAAGAAACUGAUAGAACGUUGCAAAUUGCAAGCUGGCGUACUUGUGCCAUUUUGCAUGGUAGAUAACAAGCCAUCUGUCCUGUUCACUCUUAGAUCAAGUCGCCUUGCUUCUCAUAGUGGUCAAGUAAGUUUUCCAGGAGGAAAGAAAGAUGAUUGUGAUGUCAGUUUAGUGGUGACUGCUAUGAGAGAAACUUCUGAAGAGCUUGGAAUAGAUGAAAAACAAAUUGAUAUCUGGGCCUCCUUAACUCCUAUUUCAGAUAGGGUAGAUAAAUAUGCAAUCACGGCAGUAGUAGGUUAUAUUGGAGAAGUUGAUGUGGACUCACUACCAUUUAACCAUCAUGAGGUGUCAGAUGUAUUCACCAUCCCAUUGAGUGAGGCUGUUAGGAAUCGUAGAUACACUAAGUGGAAAACUGGACUGAUAAUGCCUGUGUUUCUUAGUGGACGUUACAAGGUCUGGGGACUAACUGCUAUCAUGUUGGAUAGAACUCUUGAUGCUCUUCUUACAGGACACUACCAAAUGGUCUCUAGAUUUCAUUAAAAAAAAACAUUGGUAAUUCAAGUUUUUAUCUGAUACUUACCAGUUUCCAUAAUGGGUGAUAAGGCUGUGUACACCAUGAUCACCUCCAGGCUGUACUUUGCCCUGGCUUUUUAAAAUCCUCAGAUUUUCCACUGCAAAAUUGUGUUUUUUCUAUAUUAUCAUUUCUUUUUAUCACACAAGCUGGGUGGGGAACUCACAUAAAAUAGAUGGAGUUGAUCAUCAGCAAAAUCAAUCUCAUAAUCAACCCUAGCAGUUUUAACAGCAAAUUUAACUGCCAAGAGAUAACACUUUGGGUGUGAUCAAAUUAUUUCUAACUCUAAGAGAUAGCACAAAAACAGACAUUUUCAGUUUUCAUGAAUUCUAUAACAAUCUUAGACACCAGAAUUUAGAACAUAUGUUUAUUGUCCUUUUAUAGUAUUCUCAUGUAUUUCAUACAUUCAUCCCUUUGGGAUUGCAGAAUCUUAACACCCCUAAAGGGGAGGAGCUUGGAGAAUUUUAUUGACAAAAAUAUAGGAGGAUCCUCCCUGUCUACUUUUAUGGAGAGGCCCCCUUUCUGUUUGAUUAGUUGCAUUCUAUGCUUAUUUGCUCAUAUAUUUGAUACAAAUCAAGCACUGAGAUUACUAGCCCACUCUCAAACAUGUUUUUGAAUAUUAAAAAUCAUGUAGCAAUGUGCAUGUAGGCUUGGUGUGUGAGGUGAAGGAAUGCAGGCUAUGAAAUUACUUUAUCCUGGUGUUGACCAAGAGGUCAACUUUGACUCAAACUAUAAUGAAAUUCUAGUACUUUUAAAUAUUUUUUAGAAUUAUUAUUUCAACCAAAGUUGCAGUAGACAGCUUUUUUUUCAGGGUAGACACUAAUUACACAAAUGUUAUUUUCAAAUUCCUUUUUUUAUAACUGUGAAAUAUUUAUAAAAUACAUACAUAAGAAUAUCACUACUGCAAACAGCUAGCAAGUUUGUUCAUUUCUAACUAAAAAAUAAAAAAUAAAAAUAUGCAUCUUCAA